AUGCCUAGGGUAUCUCCAAAACAUAUUAGGGAAGCAAAGUUAGAGUCUAGGUUACUUCCAUAUCUUUUGAGAGUGAAUGGAGGUCUAUCUGGUGCGAAGCGAGAGCUUCGAUGGAUGCAAAAAGAAGUUCCUGAAGAUCAAUUGUACAAUGCCGUAAAACGACGGUCAAAAUUCGAGCCUUUGCAAUACAUUCUUGGUAGUCAGCCAUUUGGACCACUUGACAUACUAUGUAGAAAAAAUGUCUUGAUACCAAGACCCGAAACUGAGGAGUGGGUUUCCAAAUUGGCAGAUCUUCUUUGUACAAUUAAUGGUCCACUUAAAAUAAUAGAUGCAUGCUCUGGUUCUGGAUGUGUUACCCUUUUAUUGAAUCAUGUCCUUCAAAACCUGAUUAAAACGAAUUUCAUGAUAGAAGGGUUCGAUGUUUCAGCUGAUGCACUUAAAUUGUCGAAAGACAAUUUAACAAAGUAUGAAGAUGAUCAUUAUGACACAAAUGUUAAGUUCAAAAUAGCUGACGUACUUGAUCGCAACGUUCUUAACACUUUGAAAGUUAAUAAUUUGGAUCUUGUCGUAUCCAAUCCUCCUUAUAUACCUUUAAACCAUUACAUGUUGCCCUUGGCUUUGGAUGGAAUAGAAAAAUCGGUGAGGGAAUAUGAACCAUCCCUAGCUUUGGUAGGAGCGUACGAGUUUUAUGAAGCAUUAAUUAAGAACCUUGUUCUACCACUGAGAGCUUCAGGCUUUGUUUUUGAAUUAGGUUAUCGGCUGCAAGCGUCAGAAGUCCAAAGACAAUUGACUUUUAGAACAGAUAGUUCAUGGUGCACAGGAAUAUCUCACGAUUCAAAUGGUGUAAUUAGAUGUAUCGUCGGUUGGAAACCAGAUUCCCAAAUGAGUAGAUUAAAAGACCUAUGUGACGAAGUUUACGAAAUCUGA